AAGUGCCAUCUCUGGGAGCAUGCGGAGCAUGUCGCUCGUCCGAUUUUCGUUUGGGGCUUUCAGUAUUAUUCUAUUCGCCUGCGCCCCAAGUUGUUUUUUCGGAUCGGCAAAGCCGCGUGCGCCCCACCGCACUCUCGCACACACACACACAUAUACGCACUCACAGAAAACGAUAUUAUGCAUACAUAUAUGUAUGUUUAAUAUAUAUAUUUCUCUGAUUGGAUUGGGGCAAAAACAAAACCCAAAGAGUGCGAAAAAGAGCGAACGCGAGUAAAUAGCAACCGGAAUAACAAAAAGCACAAAGUGAACAAUCGUUAAACAACCAAAAAGCAAGCCAAUUAGAAAAAUAAACACUGCGCAAAAAUCCAACAAGAAAAAAAAAACAGGAGAAUAGAAAGGAAAACGCCGUGAUCGUGAAAAACAAAAAAACUUUAUCUAACUGUAAAUCCGACCGCCAACGUGGGAGGCAUCCGAAGCGAAAACAUCGGAUGAGCAGGCAGAAAAGAGAGAGAAGAGCGAUCUCUGGCAAAAGCUGAUGACAAAACGAGCAAGGGCAUCCAUCUCCGGUUUAAUAUAAACAUUGUUGAAAUACCAUUAAACAACAAGCGUUGCAAUCGAUUCCUAGGACUAUAUGUUUCAGCGUGAAAAAGGACCCACAUAUUUCCUUUAACAAAAUUGUCCUUUGCAAUAAAAGAAGUAAUAUUUAUUCGACGGAAAUCAAAAUUAAUAUAUAUCUGGAGCUGUGGUUGUGACUACACCAACAAUUGCAGCAAAUACUUACACACUAUACAACAAACAUAUCGCUGUGAGAAUCCGUUGGGACCCAUAGGCGUCGCGCUGAACGGCCCCGGCCUAAGGGGCCAUGACGCGUUGGCCCUUUAAUCUACUACUCUUGCUGUCGGUGGCGGUACGCGACUGUAGCAAUCAUCGCACCGUCCUCACAGUCGGCUACCUAACGGCCCUCACUGGCGAUCUCAAGACGCGUCAGGGACUGGCCAUUUCCGGUGCCCUGACUAUGGCCCUGGAUGAGGUCAACAAAGAUCCCAAUCUUCUGCCAAAUGUGUACCUGGAUCUGCGCUGGAAUGACACCAAGGGGGACACGGUACUGGCCACCAAGGCCAUCACCGAGAUGAUAUGCGAUGGCAUCGCCACCAUUUUCGGCCCGGAAGGACCUUGCUAUGUGGAGGCCAUCGUCUCGCAGAGUCGAAACAUUCCAAUGAUUUCCUACAAAUGUGCAGAGUACCGUGCAUCCGCCAUACCGACAUUCGCCCGCACCGAGCCGCCAGAUACACAGGUUGUUAAGUCGCUGCUUGCCCUCCUGCGAUAUUAUGCGUGGAAUAAGUUCUCCAUUCUGUACGAGGAUGUGUGGAGUCCGGUGGCAGAUCUGCUGAAAGAUCAGGCCACCAAGCGGAAUAUGACCAUCAACCACAAGCAGUCGUUCAUCGAUAAUCGAGUCAAGUGCUGUGAGCAGAUGCUGGACUGCUGUCGUUCUGGGUAUUGGUACCAGCUGGUGCAAAACACGAUGAAUCGCACACGAAUCUACGUAUUUCUGGGGGCGGCCAAUAGUCUGGUGGACUUUAUGAGUUCCAUGGAGACCGCUGGUCUGUUUGCCCGUGGCGAGUAUAUGGUGAUCUUUGUCGACAUGAUGGUCUAUUCGGAGAGGGAGGCAGAAAAGUACUUGCGCAGAGUGGAUCAAAUAACAUUCAUGUCCAAUUGCCAUAGCACGGAGAACUUCAAUCAAAUGGCCCGCAGUCUUCUCGUCGUGGCAUCCACGCCACCCACAAAGGACUACAUACAGUUCACUAAACAAGUGCAGAAGUACAGCUCAAAGCCGCCGUUCAAUUUGGAAAUUCCCAGGCUGUUUGUAGAAAGUAAUUUUAGCAAGUUCAUAUCGAUCUAUGCCGCGUAUCUGUACGAUUCGGUGAAGCUAUAUGCCUGGGCUGUGGACAAAAUGCUGCGGGAGGAGACCCGAGUCUUGACCGAUGAUGUGAUCUUCGAGGUGGCCAGCAACGGAACACGUGUAAUCGAUACCAUAAUCAAAAACCGUACUUACAUGAGCAUAACUGGAUCCAAAAUCAAGAUCGAUCAGUAUGGCGAUUCGGAGGGUAACUUUUCGGUCCUGGCCUACAAGCCACACAAGUGGAACAACUCCAACAACAUGCCCUGCAACUAUCACAUGGUUCCUGUAGCUUACUUUCAUCAAGGCGAAGAACAUCCAGAGUACAAGCUGAUCAAUGGUUCCAUAGAUUGGCCAUCGGGCGGAGAGAAGCCCGCAGAUGAACCGAUGUGCGGUUUUGCUGACGAGCUGUGUAAAAAGGACGACACCCACUAUACGUCCACGGUCGCCGCUGUGGUUUUGGGCGUACUGCUCUUCUGCUCAGGUGUUAUCACCAUGAGCAUAUAUCGAAAGUGGAAGAUCGAGUUGGAGAUUGAGGGCUUACUCUGGAAGAUCGACCCAAACGAAAUAAAGGGUUAUUCUGGCAACGAGAUUGUCUCCUCACCGAGCAAAGUCAGCUUGAUGAGUGCCCAGAGCUAUGGUUCACGCUGGACCAACCAGUUUGUUACCUCCACGGGUCGCCUCCGCGGUGCCGUGGUUCGCAUUAAGGAGUUGAAAUUCCCCCGGAAGCGAGACAUAUCCAGGGAGAUCAUGAAGGAGAUGCGAUUGUUGCGCGAACUGCGUCACGAUAACAUCAACAGCUUCAUUGGCGCCAGCGUGGAGCCAACACGCAUUCUUCUAGUCACCGAUUACUGUGCCAAAGGCAGUCUUUACGACAUCAUUGAGAACGAGGAUAUUAAGUUGGACGAUCUAUUCAUCGCCUCGCUUAUUCACGACCUCAUAAAGGGCAUGAUCUACAUACACAACUCUCAGCUCGUCUAUCAUGGUAACCUUAAAUCCUCAAACUGUGUGGUCACCUCGCGUUGGAUGCUCCAAGUCACCGAUUUCGGGCUGCACGAGUUGCGGCAGUGUGCCGAAAACGAAUCCAUCGGGGAGCAUCAGCAUUAUCGAAAUCAACUUUGGCGCGCUCCAGAGCUGCUGCGGAAUCACGUUCACGGCAGCCAGAAGGGCGAUGUCUAUGCCUUUGCCAUCAUCAUGUACGAGAUAUUUAGUCGUAAGGGUCCGUUCGGACAAAUUAACUUUGAACCAAAGGAAAUCGUAGACUAUGUCAAGAAGCUACCGCUCAAGGGAGAGGAUCCCUUUCGGCCGGAAGUGGAGUCCAUUAUAGAGGCCGAGUCCUGUCCGGACUACGUACUGGCCUGCAUCAGAGACUGCUGGGCUGAAGAUCCCGAAGAGCGGCCCGAAUUCAGUGUCAUACGCAAUCGCUUGAAGAAGAUGCGUGGUGGUAAGACCAAGAACAUCAUGGACCAAAUGAUGGAAAUGAUGGAGAAGUAUGCCAACAACUUGGAGGACAUUGUCACCGAGCGCACGCGUCUCCUGUGCGAGGAAAAGAUGAAAACGGAGGAUCUCCUGCAUCGCAUGCUACCGCAAUCGGUGGCCGAAAAAUUGACCAUGGGUCAGGGUGUGGAGCCCGUUUCAUAUGAUUUGGUCACCAUAUAUUUUAGCGACAUUGUUGGUUUUACUGCAAUGUCGGCGGAGAGCACACCGCUGCAAGUGGUGAACUUUUUGAAUGAUCUCUACACAGUGUUCGAUCGCAUCAUACGCGGCUAUGAUGUCUAUAAAGUAGAAACCAUUGGAGAUGCGUACAUGGUGGUUUCGGGUCUGCCAAUUAAGAACGGAGAUCGACAUGCAGGCGAGAUAGCUUCGAUGGCCCUGGAGCUGCUCCACGCGGUCAAGCAGCACCGCAUAGCCCAUCGUCCCAACGAGACGCUGAAGCUGCGCAUUGGUAUGCACACGGGUCCGGUGGUAGCGGGCGUGGUUGGUCUCACCAUGCCGAGGUACUGCCUCUUUGGUGACACCGUGAAUACAGCGUCCCGGAUGGAGAGCAACGGAGAGGCGCUAAAGAUUCACAUUUCCAAUAAGUGCAAGCUGGCGCUGGACAAACUGGGUGGUGGCUACAUAACCGAGGAACGCGGGCUGGUCAAUAUGAAGGGCAAGGGCGAGGUGGUUACUUGGUGGCUAACCGGAGCCAACGAGAAUGCUAUACAGAAGAAGUUAGUGGACAUGAUGGACAUGCCGCCGCCGCUGUUUAGUCGUCCUCGAAAGAGCCCAAAGCUGAAUCCCGACUCCCGUCAGCCAAGCAUCCAGGCUAUGCACUUCUGCGGCACCGGAUCAAGACGCCAGAGCACAGUUCCCAGGGCGAUGGACGGCGAAUCAACGUACAGCCUCCAGGGAUCCGUGAGGGAAUCACCGCGCAUGGUCAGCAAACGUGACAGGGAUCGAGAGCGGCCCCCCAUCAAUGGGCUGGGCGCAGGGCACUUCGUGGGGGGAGCUCUCCUCGAAUCCGCACAGGCCUCGCUUAGCACGCUGAAUCAUUCCGAAACAAACGAAACUAACUGUGAUAUGGAUGGGGGAUCGGGAGGAGUGUCAGGAUCUGGAUCUGGACUAGUGCGUCAGCCCAAUGCACUGCACAAGCCGUUGGCCAUGGUGCGGCCCCAUCGGAUUAUCAGUGCUGCCCAGUUACCCCAACUGGGAGACAACGAUGAUGACUCCGCAGACACGCUGUUGCGAGAGUCUCGCUCCCUGGAUCCCAUGCCCAUGCAGCAACUGCGCAAACGUCACGACAGGGUAAAGUUGCCGCCAUCAAAGUUGUCCAAGAACAAUUCCCGAUCGCUGGACACGGGUGUAUCGCUGAUCAGUGGGAAUCCCAACGGUGAAGUACACUCGAGUCAGCUGGAUUUGGAUGACGAGAUGACCGCCAACCCGGUGGAUGCCACCGAUGGCUACGACGAUGAGCUGGGCCUUCUGAUGCGCCACGACAACGGCCAACUGCCCGCUCUCCGCUAUUCAGGCAGCUUUCCCAACGCUCAGGUUAGCAUUGUUCCUACAGGAAGGUCGGCAGGAGGAGGAAGAGAAGGAGGUGGGAGCAACUGUGCCAAGCAUCUGAACAACAACUGCAACGGAGGUGUGAACGUCGAGGAUGAUCUUGAGUCGCCCCUGCUGCAACGCCAGGCAUCGCUGUCGGUGCCACCAGAGGAGAUGCUGGCGCACAACAAACGCUGGCACUCACUGGAGCACAUGGAUGGACCCGGUGGGCAUGGCGGAAAUAGCGUUAGCUAUGCCGCCGAUAUUGAUAACCGCCACCCCGGAGAUCUGGACUUCUUCAGCGGUUCCUCCAAUCAGCACCAUAGAUCCAAAGCGGCUGGUGGGAGCAAGCUGACUAACUGGAUGACUAACAUCUUUAAGGGCAACGGCGUGCGCAGCGGUGAGGCUAGGCGAGUGGGAAUCCUGCCCAGCGGUGUGCACGGCGCACGAACCGGAUUCACGGAUAUGGCGGCAUCGGCAGCAGCCCGCGAUCGUGAGAGUAUAGUGUAGAGAUAAGGAGGAGGCAGUGUAGAAACUAAGGAAGAAGGAGCAGGAUGACCAGGAUGAGCUAAAUAGCCGGAUGAGAAAGAUGGAAAAGUUACUCAGGAACCGAGUCGAGCAGGAAACGAUCGUCUUUUGGCUUACUUCUUUGUUUUAUGUAUUGUAGUUUGUAUGGAUCGAACGAAUUGUGUGUCUGUGUUGGAAGUCAUCCACCUAUAAACAUAUACCAGCCGGUUCUUAACUCUUUGAUCGCUCUGGCAUUGCAGGACUCUACAUAUGUGUCCUAUGGGUUUCCAAACUAUUUUUAAUUCGUUUUCGAGGAAAAUCCUGCGAUCCCGAAGUAGAAGCGAGCAGAAGCUGAAGCGAAAAUCAUACAUAGCAUAUAUUUUAUAACUCUACAUACAUACAUAUUAGAGAAGCCGAAAAAACCGUCUAGUCACAAGGUCUUCAGACUAGUUAUUGUUUUAUAUAAAAUAAACACACACCCACACAUCUAAAUGUACGUUUGUAAAUGUAACACAUAAACACAACCACACACAUAUUUAUACGACGAUGGAGAAUCAAAAUCAAAUAUUUUAUGUAAAUGUAAUCGAAAUUUUUUGCUUUCCAUACACGAUGCGCUGCAGCAAACAAAUUAUGCUUAAAACAGAAACUAGUUAAUUUAUGUAUUUGAAAAUCAAAACGAGCGUGGAAAAAUGUAAUGUAUCAAUGUGUUUUGCUAGUACGUAGUUAAGUGCGUGUGAUUGUACGUAAUAUUUAAGUCUCUAAAGCUAAAAUAAUAAUUUUAAUUAAUUGAACGCGAAUUGUGAGCAGAGAAGUGCGAAAAGGCGCCCGAUGAGAGGUGUUUUAGCUGUAUGUAUGUAUGUAUGUAUAUUUUUAAAUGAAACUUUGUUAAAUUUGCCAUAUAUAAAUACAAACGAGAAACUAUUAAAAAUCUGUUGUCCAGAUAUGCUUAAA